UUGGCGCACUUUGAAAUUGAGGCAUGUUUGUUUUGAUGGAGGUUUUUUUCUUGUUCCACGGCAUUUAGACGAGGAAAUGCCAACUAUAGAGAACGGUAAAGGAGAGGAAGACGAAGAAAUGGAACAUGAAUCGCCAGAUAGCGAUAAAAGUUCAGAAGAUGAGUCUGAAUUGGGUUCUAUGGACGAAGAUGAGUCGGAUCUGGAUGAAGAAGAAUGUGAAAGGCGUAAAAAUGAGUUCCUGGAUGACAUGAUUGAUUUGGAAAGACAGUUUACUGACCUUAAAGAGCAACUUUACAAGGAGAGGAUGGGUCAGUAUGAAGCCAAACUUGAGGAAGUGAAAGCAGGCAAAGCCAUAGAGUACCUCAACCCUCUGGCUGAGCUCCAGGACAACAUGAGGAUCCGAAUACAGGUGUCAGGAAUUCUAAAAGAAUACAGAAAAAUAAGUAUCCAAACUAAAUUUGAGAGUGAAGAGCUAGCGACAAGACAGAAUAUGGAGAGUGAAAAGGAUAUAUUAUUUGACUCAGUCAAGCAGGACUUGGAGGAGAAGAUCCGCAGACUAGAGGAGGAUAGACAUAAUAUAGAUAUAUCAUCAGAUUUAUGGAAUGAAUCUCAGUUCAUGAAGAAAAAUAAAAAGAAUAAAGACCCUUCAAACCCUGACAGAAGAAAAAAACCUGUGACUGUGGCUGGUCCAUAUAUUGUAUACCUGUUAAAAGAUGUUGAUAUUAUUGAAGACUGGACAGCUAUUAAAAAGGCAUUAAAGCAAAACCAGAAACGUAAACCAGAUAUUGAGUUUUGAAGCUUUGAUAAGUGCAGUUAAUUACAAGGAAAGUGGGAAGCAUGAUGGUAUCACGACAAGAAAAUUGAUCUUGGUCCAUGAUAAAGAUUUGUAUGUCAGAGAUUAUACAGAGUUAAAUAGGACAUUAUAGAGAGUUGUAUGUCAGAGAAAUGUCGUAUUCCAAUAGUGUGCAAUGGAGAAAUGACAUCACACACUGAUGUAUGUCGGAGAAAUGACGUGGUUGUGCUUUCCAGUCGUUGCGGUGUGGAUGGAAAUUCCUGUUAUUUUCCUUCCAUGGAUUUUCAACUUUGUGUUCAAUAUAGUGAAAUGACUGCAGGGAACUAGUUCCGUCAUCAGAAUGUGACUGACAAUGCAGCUAACAGACAAUAGGCUGUCACAAAUUCUUAGUUUUUUAUUGUCAGGUCCACUACACAAUGUGCUAUGUGUAGGAGACUUAUUUUAAAUCUGAUCAGUUUGACUUUGGACAGAAGUUUCAUUUAGUAAAGAACUUUUUAACAAUUAAUUAAUAAAUAUUGUUUUCCUGAAACUAAGAGUAAACACUAGUGUUCAUAUGAUGACAUUUAUUCUGCCCUGCUUUACUCCAUUUUUGCACAGAAGACCAACACAUAGUGUUUAAACUGAGUGCUGUCAGAAAAAUGCAGUGUUGCAUCUUAACCAAAUAUAUGGUUCUUUUACAUGUUAUAACAUAUACCACAGACUUUCACCUCUGAAAUUAGAAAUGGCUUUCAUUUUGUCAGCAGUUUGCAAGUGUGUAGAAUCUGUGCAUCAUAUUCUGGCCCAAUUUUAGCAACUACAACUUCCUUUUGAUGAGGAUAGAGUACUCGUAAUUCAUAUGAAAAUCCAGCUUCUGUUCAUAUAGAAUUCUGAAGAUCCUCAAUUAUAAUAGAUACAUCAAAAACUGUGUUCAGAACAUAACAACGGGGAAUUCUUAAACUAGUUCAUAGUAUCUAUAGCUUUAGAUUCAUGCUGAAUGACUCCAGAUUUCUCUGUGCUUACGCAGAGCCAAUCACAGUUUUUGUUAAAAGGCACUAAAGUUACAUUACACUAAGAAUGUUUUUGUACUAAUAAUUAAACCGUACUAAAGUGUGUUGUAUCUGAACUAAAAACUCGUCAUCCUUUGAGGUACUUUGGCAGCUAUGUUGAAUAUUCAUUAUGAUUUAUCCAUGAAAACUAAGAAAGAGAAUGCAAACAUUUUUCUGUCCAGAUAUUCUCGGUAUUAUCUAUCAUAUUUCUUUCCUACAAAGGGUCAGCAUUUAGGAAAGGACUUGUUGCUGUCGGUAGAUGAUUGAGAGAUAGGAAAGGACUUGUUGCUGUCGGUAGAUGAUUGAGAGAUAGGAAAGGACUUGUUGCUGUCGGUAGAUGAUCGAGAGAUAGGAAAGGACUUGUUGCUGUCGGUAGAUGAUUGAGAGAUAGGAAAGGACUUGUUGCUGUCGGUAGAUGAUUGAGAGAUAGGAAAGGACUUGUUGCUGUCGGUAGAUGAUUGAGAGAUAGGAAAGGACUUGUUGCUGUCGGUAGAUGAUUGAGAGAUAGGAAAGGACUUGUUGCUGUCGGUAGAUGAUUGAGAGAUAGGAAAGGACUUGUUGCUGUCGGUAGAUGAUUGAGAGAUAGGAAAGGACUUGUUGCUGUCGGUAGAUGAUUGAGAGAUAGGAAAGGACUUGUUGCUGUCGGUAGAUGAUUGAGAGAUAGGAAAGGACUUGUUGCUGUCGGUAGAUGAUUGAGAGAUAGGAAAGGACUUGUUGCUGUCGGUAGAUGAUUGAGAGAUAGGAAAGGACUUGUUGCUGUCGGUAGAUGAUUGAGAGAUAGGAAAGGACUUGUUGCUGUCGGUAGAUGAUUGAGAGAUAGGAAAGGACUUGUUGCUGUCGGUAGAUGAUUGAGAGAUAGGAAAGGACUUGUUGCUGUCGGUAGAUGAUUGAGAGAUAGGAAAGGACUUGUUGCUGUCGGUAGAUGAUUGAGAGAUAGGAAAGGACUUGUUGCUGUCGGUAGAUGAUUGAGAGAUAGGAAAGGACUUGUUGCUGUCGGUAGAUGAUUGAGAGAUAGGAAAGGACUUGUUGCUGUCGGUAGAUGAUUGAGAGAUAGGAAAGGACUUGUUGCUGUCGGUAGAUGAUUGAGAGAUAGGAAAGGACUUGUUGCUGUCGGUAGAUGAUUGAGAGAUAGGAAAGGACUUGUUGCUGUCGGUAGAUGAUUGAGAGAUAGGAAAGGACUUGUUGCUGUCGGUAGAUGAUUGAGAGAUAGGAAAGGACUUGUUGCUGUCGGUAGAUGAUUGAGAGAUAGGAAAGGACUUGUUGCUGUCGGUAGAUGAUUGAGAGAUAGGAAAGGACUUGUUGCUGUCGGUAGAUGAUUGAGAGAUAGGAAAGGACUUGUUGCUGUCGGUAGAUGAUUGAGAGAUAGGAAAGGACUUGUUGCUGUCGGUAGAUGAUUGAGAGAUAGGAAAGGACUUGUUGCUGUCGGUAGAUGAUUGAGAGAUAGGAAAGGACUUGUUGCUGUCGGUAGAUGAUUGAGAGAUAGGAAAGGACUUGUUGCUGUCGGUAGAUGAUUGAGAGAUAGGAAAGGACUUGUUGCUGUCGGUAGAUGAUUGAGAGAUAGGAAAGGACUUGUUGCUGUCGGUAGAUGAUUGAGAGAUAGGAAAGGACUUGUUGCUGUCGGUAGAUGAUUGAGAGAUAGGAAAGGACUUGUUGCUGUCGGUAGAUGAUUGAGAGAUAGGAAAGGACUUGUUGCUGUCGGUAGAUGAUUGAGAGAUAGGAAAGGACUUGUUGCUGUCGGUAGAUGAUUGAGAGAUAGGAAAGGACUUGUUGCUGUCGGUAGAUGAUUGAGAGAUAGGAAAGGACUUGUUGCUGUCGGUAGAUGAUUGAGAGAUAGGAAAGGACUUGUUGCUGUCGGUAGAUGAUUGAGAGAUAGGAAAGGACUUGUUGCUGUCGGUAGAUGAUUGAGAGAUAGGAAAGGACUUGUUGCUGUCGGUAGAUGAUUGAGAGAUAGGAAAGGACUUGUUGCUGUCGGUAGAUGAUUGAGAGAUAGGAAAGGACUUGUUGCUGUCGGUAGAUGAUCUAAAGAUGGUCGGGUAAACAUCAUUCUGUGUUGAGUGCUAGAUACAACGAUAUAUUUAUAUUAGUGAUCAUUUUACACAUCUCUGUUGUGUUGAUAUAUUUCUAUUGGUCUAACAGAUAUUCGGUCCAACAUAGCAUUUUGGACACCAAUUAAAUCAGUUCAACAUUUAUGUUUGCCUCUUCUUUAAAUAAAGCUUUUAGUCAAUAACAGCGGAACGCAUUUUGAAUUAUUUAGGAAUGCAUGUAGUGCAUCCUUGGCCUAAGGGGGAACAUUUCUGUCAAAAUAAAAGUCCCUUUCCUUGGGCUAAGGGGGAACAUUUCUAUCAUAAUAAAAGUCCCUUUCCUUGGGCUAAGGUGGAACAUUUCUAUCAAAAUAAAAGUCCAUUUCCUUGGGCUAAGGGGGAACAUUUCUAUCAUAAUAAAAGUCCCUUUCCUUGAGCUAAGGGGGAACAUUUCUAUCAAAAUAAAAGUCCCUUUCCUUGGGGACACAGGGAAAGAUUCAUUAGGUGAAUAAGUCUAAUAUAUUGGCAAGUAAAUGCCGAUAUCAUUUUGAGUUAUACCCGCCUUAUCUGAACUAUUAGCUGAUUUGAUUGUACUUCACCGACGUGAUCGCUGUACAUGCUGGAGAGGUCAAAAGUUCAGCUUUACAUUUCCAGAUCGAGGAUUUACAUAUUUCUGUUUUUGUUCUAAUUUGGUAUGUUUUAACACUACAUCAUGCUCUAUAAGUGUGAUUACCUACUUCUGUAUCUUAAAAUCCAAUAAGAGUUUGCUUUAAAAGGAACUCUUUUUGAUUUCUAUUGUAUGUAAAGAUUAUCAUUUGCCUUUGACCUUUGGGUAAUUAUAUAAAUUUCAGUAUGUUUACUGAAGAGGAGGUACCAUUUGAUGAUGACAAUAGGGCAGCCAUUAAAAGUCUAAGAUGUUUUGGUACUCAGUAGUUUUGGUGACCUAAAAAGAGGAUGUUUUGGUACUUCCUUGUAAAGGCAAAUAAAUGCUGAAGAAUCUUGAGAUAUAAAAUCAGUAGGAUACACAACUCAAAAAGCAAAUAAAUUUCAGGUUGAAGCAUUAGUGCAAAUGCCAAAUACCUUUUAAAUGUAUCAAAAUUACUUUUGGGAAGUAUACGUACCACAAAUAUCUUUUAGAAGUACCAACUGACCAAGUACAAAAACAUGUACUCCAUUGAGAGGAUGUUAGUGUGCAUGUAUUACUUGAACUGUAUUGCGACUCGGAAGGUAGCCAUUUCAGAGAAUUGGUUUACAGGUAUAUUUUGUACCCGUAAAUGUGCUGUACAUCUCCAGCGAUCAUUGAUCAGGGUCUUAUGCAGUAGACAUACCAUUUGUUUUUAUAACCUAAGGUCAAGGUCACAUAAGGCCGACUUGUACGACUUUGUGAUGUCUAAGGUCACAAUUAGAACAAAGAGGUUCAAAGUUGUAUGUUCAAUGUUUCUGUUUGGCUUUAAAACAUUUAAUUUCCCAGGAGAUACAACUUCUAUUCUGAGAUCUUAUAAUUAUGUAGAAGACUACCUUAAUUUACAAUAUCAUUUCACUAAUGAAGCCAGUAUAAAUACAGUUGAGUUCUAGUAACUUGUAAUCGUAUCCCCUUUAUCGUCAGUAAUAAUUUGUGCAGAUAAAUAUCAAAAUUCUAUUUUGAUAACAAACUUUAGUCUAGUAGGUAAAACAAGAAGCAGAUUCAGUUUUUAUGUCGAGUGGCUGUUUGUGUAUCACUAGAAAGUGUUCAGUAUGAUAAGAGGUGUCGAAGUGGUCCUUAGAUUGUACCAUACAUAUGACAAAUACAUGUUUAUCAGAUUUUUCUUUUAAUUUGUCAAUUUUUGUAAAUUAAAAGAUUAAUAAUC